ACGACUCAGCACCCUGCUCCGGCAGACAUUUAGUGAGUUUUGUGCUUCUGGCCACCUGAGUGGACGCCAUCUGGUUUAAUUUAAUGAUUUUAAAAUGAGGAAACGUCUGAUCCAAAUACUCGGCUUCUUGAUUACAUCACUGGGAUGGCUGUUUGUGCUGUGCACCAUGGCCAUGGACUAUUGGAGGAUCACUCAGUUAGGAGGACAAGGAGGCUCCUUUAUCAUCAGAGUGGCCUGGUACUGGUCCAACCUGUGGAAGGAUUGUUUCACUGAUUCCACAGCUGUCACCAACUGUAGAGACUUCCCCGUACUCUGGACUGUCACCCCUUUCAUUCAGGGAGUACGAGGACUGCUGAUGUGCGGGUUAACUCUUGGAUUCUUCGCCGUGGUGCUGUGCUUUGUUGGGAUGGAGUGCACUUUCAUCGGUGGAGGUGAUAAAACCAAGGACAAACUGCUUCUCUCUGGGGCAGUGUUUCAUAUCGCUGGCAGUGUGUCGGAUGUGUCUGCCUACUGCUUAUACAUCAACAGGAUUGCCAGAACAACGUUUGCGCCCAGCAUUGGACCGGGAGUCUUACGGUAUGACCUAGGACCUCCCAUAUUUCUAGGACUGGUGGGAUGUUUUUUAAUCAUUCUGGGAGCUAUGUUUUAUGCUGUGACAGUCUGCACAGUCAUUUGCCCUGAAAGGCAAGUGGUAUACGCCUAUGGAGGAGGCACAUACAUGGUCCCUCGCACCAGAGGAAGAACCCUGUACAGCGGAUACUACCGACCCGGGCAGUAUGGAUCUUAUAUGAGUUCAGGACCAUCCUACAGCUCCAAGAUCUCAAAACUCUCGCAGACAACACCAACGAAAUUCUCAGACAGAGAUGCAUUUGUGUAGCAGCUCAGAGCCCCUUUUUUCAUGCAUAGAUCCAACAAUCAGCUUAUCGCUUACUGUACAUCAGAAGACAAAAACCCUCUCUUGCACCAACUCUCAUAUUUUAUUGAUGUUGUCUUUUUCUUGGUCUCGUCAUGUUUUGUUUUGGUAAAAUGGGCCAUACUGCUAAAAUACACUGUCUUGUGUUUACUCAUCAUUUGUUGUGAUUCAA